AUGGACCUCCUAGAAUCUAUAACCACUGGCACUUUUACGAACAUCCUCCAAACCGAUGUCAUUGUUCUUGGAACAAAGGGCUCCGACUCAGAAUUCAGAAUUCACACAGGGCUCCUGAAGUCCAAGUGUUCUGCUCUCUACAAAUCUCACAUAGAAAAAGCAGUAGACGAUUAUGUCUGCAUGGAUACGGAGGCUAGCACACUCUCUGCUCUCGUCGGGUGGGUAUAUACAGGAGAAUACCCUGAAAAGGCGGAUCUGGAGAAGAGCGACAUCAAAUGCGCAUGCAACCAUGAAGAAUCCGUCGAAUGCAAGAUAGCAGAUUCGAUUUCCGACAACAUCCAGCUCUACGUGUUUUGCGACAGACAUGGUAUACCGGAAUUAGCAAGCCUUGCAAUCACACAGAUGAAGAAAAUCAUGUCUGGGAUGGGCGAUAGCCGGAUACAUGUGUCGGUGGCUUUAACAUCAGCUGCACGGUUCGCUCUUUCCAAGCUCAAGGAGAACGACCCAUUGUUCGCCUAUCUUGCACAUUUCGCAGCCUACCACAUCGAGAUCCUCAGAUGCAGUGGCAGCUUUUGCACGCUAUUAAGCGACCACCCUAAAUUUGCAUUCAGCAUUCUUCACUAUGCAGGGCCCGCAAAGAAGAAGCCCGAGUAG